GCCGUGUCCUGUACUCUGUUUGGCGCCUUCGCGUCCCAGUUCAUGGCUCUGAGCAGCCAGGCCGGCGUGCCGGGGCUCCAGCUGAUCUUCCUGAUGAAACUGACGCAGCUCCUGUGCGUUCUCGUGAUCCUGCCGUUCGUCAGACCCAAGCUGACGACGGAAGACGCGCCUCAAGCGCUCACCCUGUCCGCGACGACGGUCACAGACAACCUGGGGACCGUCCUGAUGUUCUUGUCGUUCGUGUACGUGGUGCCGGGCGUCGCGUUCGGCGUGAUCCAGGGCGCGAUCCCGGUGUCCACGGCGUGCGUCGGAUUCCUGUUCCUGGGGGAGCGGCUGGACGCGAUAGACUCGGGCGGGAUCCUGUGCAGCGCGGCCGGAGUGGUGCUGGUGGCGGUGGGGAUGAGCACGGCGGCCGACUCGUCCUCCCACCCGCAGCUGACUCUCGCGAUCGGCAUCCUGCUGCCGCUCGCCGCCGCCUUCACCAAAGGCCCGAAUAACGUGCUGAUGCGCUCCCUGCUGGGCGUGCGCGGCGUGUCCGUGGUGACCGUGGUGCUGUACGUGCAGCUGGCGGGCACCCCGGCGCUGCUAGCCGCCACCUUACUACUGGAGACGCCGCACUGGGCCAUGUCGGCACGGACCGCCGGCUACGUGAUCGGGCUGGGCCUGUGCGACACCUUCUCGUCUCUGUCCGUGAAACUUGUGCUGGGGCAGGAGAAGGCCGGCGUGACGGCGGCGCUCAUGACUCUGGUCAUCCCGUUCACCAUCCUGCUGGACUCAGUGUUCCAGUCGCACGUGCCGAACCUGCUGGAGGCGGCGGGAGUCACGCUGGUCCUGCUCGGCACGGCCGCGGUGGGCGCGAGGACAUGGUGGAAACAUCGGCAGGACAGCCGCAGGACAUGGCUGCUAGAGAGGAUGAACUUUCUAACAAGUCAGCCCGACGAUGUAAAGCAUGCUGCUGGAUUGUAACACGUGUUACACAUGUAGCAGUGUCACAUGUAAAACAUGUAGAAUUGUCACAUGUAAUACAUGUACCCAAUUAAUAAAUAGCAAUAUUAUAAAACAUGUAAUACAAGUGCAUUUGUGACAGGAUUAUCAAAUCUGUAGCAGGCAAGUUAUGAAACAUGUAACACAAACAGCAUGUAGCAUGUAACGCAUGUAGCAUGUUAUAGAUCAUAUAAUACAUUAAGCAGGAUUGCUUGACUUGUAACACAUGUAGCAGCUUAUAAUCCAUGUAACAAAUGUAGCAGGCUUAUUUAACAUGUAACUCUAACAUGUAACACAUGUAGCAGGUUUAUCAAACAUGCAACACACGUAUUAGGAUUAUAAAGCAUGUAAUAUAUUAUCAAACAUGUGGUAUAUGUGGCAGAAUAAGAAAGCAUGUAACAAUCUAGUAGGAUCAUAAAACAACAGAUAUGCUGGAACACCGUGUACAGUAGGUGUCUUUUUGUAUUGCCACAGAGACGCCGUUUAUUUAUUUAUCAGAAAUCCCCAGAAUUAAACCUGAGAUGUCCCGGAGGUUCGGACACUAGAAUACAUUAUGUAAAUAAUGUAAAUAAUGUAAAUAAUAAUGUAAAUAAUAAUGUAAAUAAAACCA